AUGGGGCACAAUGGCUUCCCCAAACCUUGCGAACACAAGUACUGCGGUCUGGGCCGACACUGUGUGGUGGACGAGGAGACCGGCCUGGGGGAGUGCCGCUGCUUGGACCAGUGCAAGCCUCACUACAAGCCGGUUUGUGGAUCAGACGGACAGCUCUAUCCCAACCACUGUGAGCUGCACCGAGCCUCGUGUCUGCGCGCACAAAAUAUCACCAUCCUGCACAACGACGACUGCUUCUACAAAGGUAAGAGCUCAGCUUGGUACCAGUGUGGAAUGGACUGUGUUCAUAGUGAACAACUGAGGCCUUGA